CAGAAUGUGCCGACCACCUUAUCCAAUACAUGGAAAAAGUAAGGAGCGAAAAUAAACCUGUCGAGUGUCACGAGUUGACAGCCAAAUAUACGACCGACGUUAUCGGCAACUGUGUCUACGGCAUCGAGAUGAACGCUUUGUCGAACGAAAACAGUGAAUUUCGAAAAAUGGGAAGAAAAAUAUUCGAACCGACUUGGACAAAUAUAUUACAAAUAAGACUGAGACUAAUGUUUCCGCGGCUUUACGAAUUAUCCGCGUAUGUCCUACCGCAAACGGAAGUCACCAAAUCCUUCACACGCGUUGUCGUCGAGACCAUGGACUACAGAGAAACGAAUAAUAUUACUAGAAACGAUUUCGUUGAUAUGUUACGUGAAUUAAAGAAACAUCCUGAUAAAUUGGACGAUAUUGAGUAAAGUUGAGCUUGUAAGGGUACUACAAAAUUACAAAAUCGAAACUUGCGCGAGAACUCCAAUACUGUACGUAAACGAUCCUAAAACAUUGCUAUUAGUUCCAAAAGACAGACUGCACUUGAAAAUAGUUAAAAUUAAUUGAACUUAAUUUAAGCUUUUCUUUGAGUCUCCAUAGAGAGCAUGCGUAAUAAAAUGUGGAAGAAAAAUUAUCAAUUAAAACAGUGAUAGGAGUCAUUGUAUCGGCUGCUAUAAUCCUUAUUAAUUUUCUUGAUAUAGAUGUGCUCUAACAUUUUAUAUUAAGUAAUUAACAAUUUAUAGAUAGCUUAAUUU